AUGCCGUCCACGUCAACUUCCCCACACUGGGGAAAACCCGGGGGGAAUGCCUUCAAAUGCCUGAUUCCUUCCAUCGUUUCCUUCAGAUACCCCGGUGUCGACCUUCAAGAUCUCUCACAGACCGAAGAAAUGGAGACUACUGACCAGAAGUUAAAAUCCACCCAUUUGGAAAAUGUUACGACACACGAUACCAUGCAGGAUGAGCAGGGAUGCCAGGAGCAGACUGCAUGGCAGUGUUUAGCCCAAAAUCCCUGGGUCUUUCUCUUCUGUCUCUAUGGUAAUCUAGGGGCAUUCAUGUAUGGUUUCGAUAAUCUAGUAUUAUCGCUGUCCCUUUCAAUGCCGGGAUUUGCUAUGGAGUUUGGAGAGUUGACCAACGGAACAUACGUGAUUCCAGCAUAUUGGCAGUCUCUAUGGAAUGCCAUGGCACAAGUGGCCACGAUGAUCGGGGCAACCAUCGCCGGACCGGUGCAAGACCUUCUAGGUCGGCGUGCUUCAUUUCUCCUGGCCGCGAUUGUGUCUGCAGCUGGCGUGGCCGUUGUGUAUACCUCACAUACCCCCGGUGUCUUUCUUGCUGGCAAGAUUGUAAAUGGCCUGUCAAUGGGUAUCUGUUUAACCACUGGGCAAACCUAUAUCUCGGAGGUGACCCCACUUCCACUGCGUGGUAUUGCCUUGUCUUUCUUUACAUUCUGCAUGGUCCUGUUUGCCGCUGCAUGGGUCUGGCCAGGUGUGAUCCUUCUGUUCCUCCCAUUCCUCCCCGAGUCUCCCUAUUUCCUGGUCAUGAAGAACCGGCUUGAGAAAGCACGCAAGUCCCUCGUUCGACUGGGCAACAAAUCAUCAGAAAUCACUGGGCUUCUUGGCCAGAUAACUAGGGUCAACGAGGAAGAAAAAGCGCGGAGUGCUGAAUCGAAGGAGACUAGCUUCCUCGAGUGUUUCCGUGGGACAAACUGGCGUCGCACUCGCAUCAUUCUGUUCUGCAACGCUCUACAGCAGGUCAUUGGAUCUAGCUUCAUGUCAAAUGGACCUUACUUCCUGGUCCAGGCUGGUAUGUCUUCUGCCAAGAUUGGCAUGAUGACUGAGAUCGGCAUUGGUUUUGGUAUUGCCAGUUCCAUCCUCACUGCCUUUCUAAUGACCAAGGUUGGCCGCAGACAGCUGAUCAUGUUCGGCAUCUCCCUCUCCACAACCUUCUUUACAGUGAUGGGCAUCGCAGGUUGUUUCCCAAAAUCAAGUGACGCCUUGUGGGUCGUUGGAAUAUUCCUCCAGCUUUCAUGGUGGGUUUACGGACCCGCAAUCGGCCCUGCAAUGGCUAUUGCUGGCGAAGUAUCCGCCGUGCGUCUUCGUGCCAAAUCUAUGGCUAUUGGGUUCACUUUCAACUACUUCUUCUCCACGGUGUGGAAUGUGGCUAUCCCAUAUCUAUACAAUACGGAUGAAGCUAACUUGGGCGGCAAGAUUGGAUGGAUAUUUGCAGCUAUGGGGGCUGUUGCGCUGGUCGGUGUCUAUUUUAUAAUUCCCGAGACCAAGGGUAGAUCGUUCGAGGAGCUGGAUGAGAUGUUUAACGAGAAUGUGGGAACACGGGCUUUCCGCAAGUACCAGUGUGCCAUGCCUCAGCAGUUACAGAAACUUGGCCAGGACGAGUAG